GAGCAGUGGGGCUCGGCGUGCCCGGGGGUCGCGGAGCGGCGGGGGGCGAAGGGGGAGAAAUCGUGUCCCAGGCUCGGGGAGGCGCAUCCCGGUGCCUGGCUCUGGGCCCGGCUCUGAGUCCCGCGGACUUUCCUGGCCGCUGCAGCGGGCUGGCGCGCGCGGCUCCCUCCCGCCGCGGGCGCGAUGCCUGGCUCUGGCUGCAAGAUGGCGGCAGCAGCGGAGCCGGGCACGGAGCUGUCCGGGGCUCCGCGGCAGCCGGGGCUGGGGGCGCCGCCGGAGCGCGGCGGGAAGGCGGCGCCCCUCAGCCCGCCCGCGAUCGCCCGGCGGCUGGAGGGCGCCCGCCGGGAGCUGAGCAACAGGCGCAAGGUCUUGCUGAGAAACCUGCCCGAGGAGAGCAGCAGCCAGGAAAUCCAUGAACUAUUCAAAGAUUAUGAAUUAAAGUACUGUUAUGUGGACAGAAAUAAAAGAACAGCGUUUGUUACUCUGCAGAAUGGAGAGCAGGCUCAAAAUGCAAUUCAGAUGUUUCACCAGUAUUCUCUUCGUGGAAAAGAGAUAUCAGUGCAGCUCCAACCAACAGAUGCUUUGCUAUGCGUUACCAAUUUGCCCACUUCAUUUUCAUUACAAGGAUUUGAGGAACUAGUGUGUGUAUAUGGCAAUGUUGAGAGAUGUUUUCUGGUCUAUAAUGAAGUUACUGGCCAUUCCAAGGGCUACGGGUUUGUGGAAUACAUGAAGAAGGACUCUGCUGCAAAGGCUAGAAUGGAACUCCUGGGGAAGCAAUUAGGUGAAAACACCCUCUUUGCACAGUGGAUGGAUAUUAAUCAGUUGACUACCGAUCUUGUUCAUUCUAAGUGCCUUUGUGUAGAUAAACUCCCCAAUGACGACACUGAUUCAGAGGAACUGAUGCAAAUGUUCUCAUUUAAGUAUAAACCUGUGUUUUGCCAGUUUGCUGAGGACGAAGGCAGUUAUAUUGGUGGCUUUGCAGUGAUUGAGUAUGAGACUGCAGAGCAGGCUGAGGAAGUGCAAGAAGUCACAGAUGGUAUGACUAUCGGAGGAAAGAGAGUCCAGGUAUCGUACUGUGCCCCUGGAGCGCCAGGACGAAGCACAUUAGCUGCAUUCAUAGCAGCACAACGUAUGAUGAGAAACAAUAGAAAAGGAUUGCUUCCAGAGCCAAAUCCAGUGCAGAUUAUGAAGAGUUUAAAUAACCCAGCCAUGUUACAAAUGUUACUGCAGCCCCAGUUGUAUAGACGUGCUCGUAAACGUGCAGUUCUUGGAGUAUCUGCUGGUUUACCUCAUCUUAUAAAUACAACAGUCAAUCCAGGAUUUUUGCAUUUGAAUAAAGUACACCAGAAUUCUGUUCUGGGGAAUGCAUCUAAUUUACUGCUGCAGAACUUCUCACACCUACAGCUGGCACAGAAGCAACUAAUUAAAAUUGAGACUGUUCAAACUAACAGUAAACCUGGCUUACUUGGAGAGCCUCCACCAAUGUUACUUCAGACGGUAUUGGGAACAGGGCCAAUACCAUCAGUGAGUGCAGACCUGGGAAACCAUGGAGAAGCGCAUACAUGUGUUCCCUCUGAAGUGUUCAGUGUGCACACCAUGGCUUCUCAGCAGCUAGCCAGUAGAAGCAGAAGGUUAACCAAACAUCUUCCCUAUUCCUGGAUGAUGAAAAAAUUGAGCGGGGAUUAUCCAUUGGGAUCAGAUGGGCAAGUUCUACACAAUCAGUUUCAUAGAAUUGUAGCAUCUAAUGCGACUCCAAAUCAAACAACGGCAGCAGCAGGGAUGGGCAUCUUGCCGUUCUUUCCAAAUCAGCCUGUUGUUGGACAAGCUAUGCCAGGGCAAAAUAAUACUCAGGAUAAACAAUCAACUACAGUGGGACUGUCAGAAGGAGCUGGCUCAGGGUCGCAGACUUAUCUUCAGAGCUUAACAAAUUUUACUACUGGAGGCUUGCGCACAGAACAUCCACAACAGCAAAGCCAGCCAAAAAGCACUGAUACAAGUUCAGGGAUUCCCUCAAAAAAACAGACCUCACUCCUGGGGGAACCACCCAAAGAAAUCCGUCUUAGUACCAAUCCCUACUUGAAUUUGGCAAGCGUGUUGCGGGGUGUGUGUCUUUCAGCAGUUGCCAGCAAAGCAACUAGUACACAGCAGCAGACUGGGCUUUCAAGCAACAUAGUGGAUGCUGCAGUCUCUCAGGGAACUACAUCUCAACAUGCAAUGGAAAACUACUUUAAUUAUUCUCAACAGUAUGGGGAUUAUACACAGGAGGCUGUCCAGCAGUGGUAUCAGCAUUAUGCGCAGGCAUACAACACUACUCAAGCAAGAGGAGGUGAAUUUGAAAAUGAAGCUUCGGAGGAACCUGCUAGAUCUUAUGGAGACUACAAUACGUAUUUGCAGGUUAUGCCUUCAUAUUAUACUGGAGCCCAAGGAUCAUACCAGCCAGGCAGCUUUCAGCCUACUCCACAGAAUCCAUUAAAUAAGGUGGCACCAGUAAGAAGUGAAAAGCGAAGUUCUUCACAGCUUAUUUCUUCCCCAGAAGCUGGCCCAGUUGAAUAUAAUGGCCAGCACACUCAGGGUGCAGAAUCCUAUCUUAAAAAAAAGCGUGUUUAUUGAGAUCCAAUCAACCAAUCCUGCCUUAAAGCCAACAGGUGACCUUUUUGUACCUCUGUAUUUAUUACUACCUUAACUUCAUACCCAUCCGUCUUUAUAUAGGGUGACAAAUUCCUAAAAGGAACAAUUCAGGCAAAUUUUCCAAAUAAAUUAUAUGUAGCAAUAAAGACAACUAGUUGGACAUUUUUCGCUUAUUAUUUGCCUUGUUAAAUAAUACAAUGGUGUCUCCCUUAAUACAUGAUCUUACUGUAAAUUGUCAGAAUUGACAAUGAUUGUCUUAAACCUGCAAAGAAGUUUCCUUUGGUGAUUGUCGAUCAUGUGUCAGUCAAAAGCAAUGAAUAUAGUGGCAAGGGAGACUUUUCCCUUAGAUGAGGAAGGUGAGAUUGUCUUAAUCAUAAUUUUUUUAAAAACUCUUUAAGUGUGCUUUUCAGUGUUAUGUUUUCCAGAGUUGAGCCUUCUGCGCUUAUAGCUUUUACAUUUUAAAAACCCUUCCCCAAAACAUUGGACGGACACUAGAUGUAUUAACAUAGAGCCUAUGAGCUUUACGGUAAAUGUUUUGUUAAAAAUAAAGUUUGUUAUAUGUGAGCCUACCAGCAUCAAUCUAGAGUACAUAGGCGCUAGUUAGAACAAAGGUGUAUUCUUAGCUAUUAAUAUUCUUUCCCAAGAGGUGGUUAUCAUUUUUAUUUGCAAUUUUACUCUUUGUGAAUGAAUUUGUUUCUGCCCUAAUCUGCUUCUGAACUCUGUGUAAAAUACUAGGUCUUGCUAAGCAUUGGAUUUGAACUGGUGUGAGAGAGUCUCCCAAAAACUAAAAUGCAAAAGCCACCCUCCACUAGGUGAUGAAAAUUCAAUGUGCAGGAACAGUAAAACCAACCAAAAUAAUUUCAACCACUUUUAAGCGGAUCAGUAUAAAAGUUCUCAAAAAGAAGCUAAAAAUUUAACAACCGAUUUUGUUUUCGAUAAUUUCUGGAUUUUUCAGACAGUAGAGAAGGAAAUGCUGUCCAACCCCACUGCACCUGUCCUAGUUUCGUUUUGUUAAUCCCACUUUCCUAUUUUUAACCUUCACUUUACUCUGGCUCCAGGUGUCAAACUUACUUUACAAUUUGCUUCAGCUAUUCCAACUGCUCAUUUGGGACCCAAAAGUCUGAAUGCCCUUGAUUCCCAUUGACUGCAGGAUUAGGCCUUUAUUAUGUAAUCUUUUGCAUCAAAUAGUCCUUUUUAGACAGGACUAAUCUCUACUUACUCAGCUCUCAUUGGCAUUUGAGUAUGGUGUAUAUGAUAUAGCAUAGAGGCACCUGGGUUUAUUAUUUACACCGUGUGUGUGUGUGUGUGUGUGUGUGUGUGUGUGUGUGUAUAUACACACACACAUCCCUUUUGAACCCCUCCCUUCAAAAGUUUUUCAUUGUAGACUCCUUCUGUCACAAUGAACAUUACCCACUUCCUUGUUCCUGCUACCCCCCAUUCUCUUGCUUUUUUUUUUUAUAGAGGGUCAUUUUCUCCAAGGAAUUACCUCUCUUGCAGUACAGUAACUAGUACUGUACUCGGUCUCUGCCAGCCAGAACUGGAAUAGUCUUUUGCCUUUGCCUACUGCUUUUCUUUCUCCCUGACUUGUGCCCUGGGCUGAGAGGUCCAUUCAGAAACUUUCAAAGCUUUUUUUUUUUCUCUGACUGUUUCUUUAUCUUAAAUUUGAUUUACCAGCUCCAAGUCCUAUCACCAAAUCGCCUUAAUCUGCAGUGGUAAAAAUCCAUGUUUUCAUUACUAAUAUUUAUAUAAGUUAAGACACUUGCAAUUUACCAUGUGAAUUAACUUUAUUGUAAUCCCUUUGCAACUCAAUGUUUCCAUCUUUGACUAAGUUGCAAUAAUCGUGUAAUUGAUGUACGUAGUGCUCCAGCCAUGUAAUGGCUGGAAAUUUUAUUUAAUCUCUUUAUAGAAUACCAAGGUUAUUUGUUAAGCAUGUUUAAAGUUUACUGAUUUUUUUUUAAAUGUCUUGAAGAAACUCAAAGUUUUUCACAGUAGCUCAGAAUCAGGACUUUUUUAGAAAACACAGUUGCAGUGUUAUGUAGAUGCUCUGCACGUCCGCCUUAAGACAGCAGAAAGCAAUGCAUUUGAUAUGAGAGUGAUUGGUUUUGUUAAUUAUACAUAUGUAUUGAUUGGUGUCAAAUUCACCUGUAGUAUUUUGUUUAAUCUGCAACUUUUCAAAACUGUUAACCUUUUCAACAAAAUAAAUUACUGCUCCAUUUA